ACCCUGACAUACACAGCUAAAGUCUUCAUUUAGCUGUCAUUGUCAUAGGAAGUUGCGUGGAUAGCAGAGUGGCUAAAUUUGGGGAAAUUCACGAUAAAUUUUAUUACUUUGAAGAAUACCUUUUGGGAAGGACCCAAUCUUCAGAACUGCUAUCCAAGGAGCGAGAAAAAAAGCCCUUCUAUUAUAUUAUUCUUUGAGUUGAAAGCUACAGUUCAAAGUUUAAAACAGUUAAAGGGAGAUACAAUCUUUAGGAUACUUGCUUAGUGGUUUUUAAAAGAGAAGAAAGAAAGACUCAUUUGAACAGUAGAUGAACUCUCAAUUCAUAAUGGGAAGAUUAAGAGAGAAUUCCGAUGCUAUUCUCAAAGAUGGAUACCUCUUGAAACAGGGAGACGUUAUCAAAGUACAAUGGCACCUCAGGUACUUUGUACUGACCAAAGAAUGCCUCUGUUACUACAAGACCGAAGACGAUUCAGAUAACGARGUUCCAAGAGGCGUCAUSUUCUUCAACGACAUGUCACUAUUCGUGGACGACGUUCCAUGCGAAAAGUCCAGAACAAAAUAUUGCUUGAAGAUCGUCAAGCGUUCCACGAAUAGCUCAAAUCGGACUCUUGUACUCUCGACUUUCUGCGAAGAGGAUAGAAAUGAUUGGCUCGCUCAGCUGCUCCUCGCGAAAGCUAUGGCUUUGGUUUGCGAUCGUUCUUGGAUGGGAGGCAACGACCCUGAGGUAAAGAUUCCAAGAUCGAAAUCAACGUCGGGUAACUAURCGGACAAGCUAACUACAGCAAAGCAAGCCAUCAAGCGCUGCGGAAGRCGUUUAUCGGGCUCAAAUCGAGGGGAAUGUAGUUUUGAGGAAAUACGAUCAAAGACGAAUUACCUGGCAUGGCGACAUACAAUGAUAGACUUGACAGUUAUCUAGUUGYCGGCAAUUUUUCACCGGUGAUAAAACAUUGCAGAAGAGAGCUGUAAGGACCUUGCUGACCUGGAAUGUGUUCUAAUGGCCUAUAAAAUGAAUCAUAGUGCGAAAGUAUACAUUAUGUAACAGACAAUUAUACACGUGAGAGAACAUGGAUUUUUAUCAUGAAAUAAUUAUUCCACGAUUGUACAUCUGUGCACAAUAAGWAAUCAUUAUAAAAYACUUCAGAGCCCGUCGUAAGGGCGCCGAAUCGUGAUUCAAGAUCAGAGARACUAUUGUAUGCAUAAUGAUUGGUUGUUUGGGUUGUGUUCGUUUGGUUGUAUAUUUAUWUUAUAUUAUUUAAGAUAGCUGUAAUAUCAGAUAUCGUUAAGUUGUGAAAUACAAAAUCACAGACAGRGCGAAACAGAAAGACUUUGUAAAAACAUUUAAUCUUCAGCGAAGGGAAUUCCCCACAAAAAACCUAGGWGUGACAUAAUUGGUCACUUUUAAAAACAUUUAAAUUUCCAGUAAAAACGAAAACGCACAAUGCGCAAUAUUAAGAUUUGAAUGUUCAGUUCGGCAGGGAAUUCCCCUCAAAAACCUAGGUAUUAGUCAUUGUUCACUUUCAAGUAUUCAAAAGUUAAAGACAGGAUUUAUGUGAAUAAUACCUYUAAAUAAAUUGUACAAAAUGUACAUUUAAGAUAA